AUGGCUACGGGUCCAUCCCUACGGUGGCCUGGCCCUCUUUGCUUCCCUCGAAAACAAACAGUCGCAGCUGCCUGUGUCUUCCGCCCUUCUCUCCGUCCCUUUCUCCUGCUGUCCCUCCUCUUGAUUCUCCUCUUCGAGGGCAAUGUGUGUGACAGCCUCAGCCACCGACCGGGAGGCCUCUCGGGUCCCCCUGCGUUCACUUCCACUUCUGCCUGCUUCACAGAUUUGCCAGCGUCGCCGCCAAGCGCCCUGGUAGGAAGGCGCGACGAUGUGCGCUCCCCCCCGACACAGAGCAGCCCCGCAUGGAGCCUGCAUGGGUGGAGGCGCGACAGCGACCGCGCCGACUCGAGGAGACAGCUGCCCCGCAGGCAAGGUUCCCCGGCGCAACCACGCGUGCCUCCGACAUCGCCUGAGACCGCCGGGGGAGAAGAACUCGAGAAGGGCGAUGGAGACUGCGUUUUCGUCCUUAAGGGACCGCGACAGAAGCAUCGAGGACAGCAGCGGUCCUUCGUCUCAGCGAGACGGCGGGGGGCGCCAGGCGAACGCGAGAGAGUUGCACGACACGCAGCUCGCAAACAAGAAAGUGAGAAGCGCCCGACCGGGUCCGCGCAGCUCUCGUCGCUGUCCCCAUUUUUCCUUGCGUCUUGCUCACGCUUGCGUGCGGAGGCGUCUUUCGCCUCGCCGGCUUCCGAGCACGCGACGGCUCCGUGUCCCUCUCAUCGCUGGAAUUGUCCUCCAGCUUCAGUCGCGACGCGCAGCGUCGCUGGGUGGUCGCCUGCAUGCGGCGCGCCUCUGUCCCGGAGACAGCUCUUCGGGGGCUUCAAACAAACACAAGCCGUCGGCAGGGGCGACCCGCACGUUUCGUUCGCGCUCCGUCUGGAGCCGAAACCGACCUUGGAAGCGUUCUCGAGGCAAUCUCACGGUCCCCGGAGACUCGAAAAGAGACUUGGAGGCGACCUGCGGUCUCAGCGUUUGAGCGGAACAGCUCGUCAGGGAACCGCGGGGGAGAGAUGGCUGUCUGCGGAACACCCUCCGGGGCUUCCCUGCCAUCCAGGCGAUGGGCAGAAGACGUUUGAGAGGUGCGGCACACUGCAUGCGCCUGGAGACGCGCGGGCGGCGAGUGGAGCGAGGCACGAGGGUUCUGAGGAGACCCGCGCGCCGCUGUCUCCGAACCCAAGGCCAACUGGGCCUCGACAGGAGGGGCAAGAAAGGCAGCGGACACUUGAGUUGUUGAAGCCGCGAGUGCUUGCGGACCAGGCAGCCUGUUCAAAUGGGGUUCCGGAGCGUGAAGAGAGCGCUGUCUCCACGACUCAGAAGGCUGCGUUAGGGGGCGGGAACCAGGAGCGAAGGAGCCUGGAGACAACGGCGCGUGGCAAGGGCCACGUACAUUCUGUUCAAAGUCCAGGGACAGCUGCGUCCAAGGCAACGGUGAAAGGUGAAGGCUGCGCUGCUCCCGGAGGCAGAGAUGCAGGUGCGCGAACAAAGACGAAGGCGACGGCGCCGUACACCGAUACGGUCCUUCUCCCCGUGACAAAGUUCAGGCUGAAGAGCAACAAUCUGCGAACGGAGGCGGCGCUCCAGCGCCUGUGGAAAACACACAACGUUUACGAGCGCCUUUUGCGCCGAAUCUUUCUCGACGGGCGAGGCCCCGCGAGAGGCGAGAACGUGGGCGAUGGAGACGCGAGGGACGCGAGGCAUGCAGGCGAGGGAGGAGACUCUGAAGAAUCGCCGCGAUGCCGGUGUGGACUGUGCACCAUUCUCGCGUUCGACGCGUCUCACCAGCCGUCGCCCCUGAUGCCAGCAGUCGGCCCAACACACCUGGAGAGCGAGGCCAGCGUCUCGGAGAAGGCCGCGGGUUCCGACGCGCCGUCCUCACCGCCUUCGCGGACGUCCUCGCCACCGUCCGCGUCCUCGGCGCUGCCGCCUGUUCCGGUGUAUCUGCUGCUUGAUGGGCCGCCGUACGCAAACGGAGAGGCGCACAUGGGCCACGCUCUCAAUAAGACCCUGAAGGAUUUCGUGACUCGAUUCUUCCUGCUUCGCCGAAGGUGCAUGCACAUGUUGCCUGGCUGGGACUGUCACGGACUGCCCAUCGAGCUCAAGGCUCUGGAGCGGCUCCAGCGAGAGACGAGGCAGGAACGCGCAGGAGAGCAGCGCGAGAGAGAAGGGCGGCGCGGAGCUGAGAAGCGCCAGGUUAACGUCAACGACAUGAGACAGGAGGCUCGGCGAGUGGCCGAGGAAUCGAUUCGGUCGCAGAAAAGAGAUUUCCAGAGAUUCGGCGUGUGGGCGCACUGGGACAUGCCGUACCUCACGUUCGAUCGGACCUACGAGGCGACUGAGCUCCAGAUGUUUCGGCGAAUGUGGCAGAAGGGGUUUGUUUACGAGGGCGUGAGGCCUGUCUACUGGUCGCCCUCCUCCCGCACCGCCUUGGCUGACGCGGAAGUUGAGCAUCUGCCCCGAGUUUCCCGGAGUCUUUACUGCGCCUUUCCUCUGGUUGACCUCGUCUUCUCGGCUUCGCCGCUUGCAGGCGAGAGAGACAGGGAAGACCGGAGACGAAGCGGUUCGCGACCGCGUGCCCGCGUUGCCACGCCGCGGACACCAGCGAGUGCAAAGGAUAGAAUGAAGUUGGCAAGCGAAGACCAGAAAGAAAGAAGCGCCGAAGAACUUCUGGCGUCCGCCUUCCCGUCAUUCGUGCCGUCGGAGGACUUCGCGAGAGAACAAGCAGGCUCGUGUCCCGCGCAGAGUAGCGCAGUUGCCCGUGAACCUGUCAGCGGCUCGGGCGCGGGGCUUGGCGAGCUUCCGGUCGACGAGGCGGACGGAAAGUCGCAGCUGAGGAGGAAGGGUGGGGAGACAGAAGAGACUUCGACUGCUGACGAAAGUGUGCAAGCCAAGCAGCUUCCCAUUCGGGUUUCUCUUCUUAUUUGGACCACUACGCCCUACACACUCCCAGCGAAUCAGGCCGUGGCAAUCCACGGAGAGAAGCCGUACGCGGUCGUUGAGAUUUACAGGCCUGCCGGCGGAGACGCGACACGAGAGCGGAGUGCGUCGCUUGCUUCUCCGUCACGCUCGACUGCGUCCCCGCCGGCGUGUGCUCUCGGUGAAUCGCGUGAAGAGUCGCGUGUUCAGUUUCGCGCUCGGGAAGAGGCUGCAGGUGAGGACGCGGUCGUCGCCGCGUCUGGGCCUUUGAAGCAGCUGCCUUCUUCCCCUGGCCGGUCGUCGCCUUCGACAGGUAGGGCCACGGCCUUCAACCACGGUGGAGAAGCAAAGCCAGGAUGCGAAACGAAUGCCAGCGAAGACGGCGAGAGAGCGGGGGCUGAGUGGCACACUCGAGACAUCUGGAUUGUGGCGGAAGAGGCCGUGCAGCGGACCAUGAAGACGCUCUCAGUCGCCCCAGCCGGAGACGCAAACGCAGCCACGCGGGCCUUCGCAUCGGCGGCUUGCGCGGGGGCGGACGGCGUCGCUCAGCACCUUGGAGCCGAGAGGACUCCGAGUGCAGAGGACGACGCUCCAAGCUGGGCAAGAGGACGCCGCGUCGGCGCAGAAACGGAAAAACCGAGGACGGAGACAACACGCGCAAAAGCAUUCUUCCGAGUUCUGGGGAAGAUACGAGGCAAAGACCUGGUUGGCAGGAGGUACACGCACCCGAUCUUCCCUGACAAAGAGCGAGAAGUCAUCCUGGGCGACCCCCUCGUUUGCGAACAGAAGGGGACAGGCCUCGUGCACGUUGCCCCGGGCCACGGCUUCGAAGAUUUCGUUCUUGUUCGUGAUUUGCUGUACCGCCAAGGAGGCGGACACUCCGGAUCAGAGACUGCCGCCAGAGACGCGUCGGAGAACACGCCUGCUUUGGGACUUCGCGGAGGGUCCAGCGGCGGUAAGGCGACGGCGGGGUCCAGCGGCGGUAAGGCGACGGCGGAGUCCGGCGCGACUCGGUCGUCUCUCCCCAAGAGCGAAGACAUCGAUGUCGGUAUGCAGCGGAAGAGUCCCCGUGAGCAGAGCCUUUCUGUAUGCGAUCUGGAGAUAUUUCAUAGUCCUGUUGAUGAGGCAGGCCGAUUCACGCGCGAGGUCGGAGUGGAUGAGCUCUGCGGCUUGGACGUUUUCGGAGAGGGGGAAAGGCGCGUCAUUCAGUUGCUUCGGAAACGCGGAGUUCUCUUCCAAGAGAUUCCGUUUCCUCACCUGUAUCCGCAUGACUGGCGGACGAAGCAGCCGUUGAUUUGCCGCACCACGUCCCAGGUGUUUCUGCGCCUCGAUCGCCUCAGAAGCGCCGCCCUGGAACGCAUCAAGCAGGUCCACUUUCUCCCGUAUUCUGGUCAGACGACAGCGUCUGCCUCGGCAUCCGACUCAGGCGCAUGUGUUCCCUUCUUCCCUUCCUCGGCUUAUAUUCGGAUGCGGGCCGCCCUCGAGAGCAGACAAGGAGACUGGUGUCUCUCCCGGCAGCGUCAGUGGGGUCUGCCGCUACCGUUCUUCAGGCUGAAAGCAGCAGUCGGCAGCGCCGCUCGGCGCGUUGCUCCAGGAUCGACCGGCAGGUCUGAACCGGGGCAGAGAGGCAACGAGGAGGAUCGAGCGAACGGGCCGGGGCCGCUGUUGGGAAGCCCCGAAACCUUUGCGUUCAUUGCCAACAAAAUUCAGGAGGAAGGAAGUGACGCGUGGUGGGCAAACGAGCAGCUCGAAGCGUGGCUCCCUGCACACAACAGCACUCACGUCUCCAAGUGCUUCUUCACCCUUGUCCACUUGCCUGUCCUCUUGUUCCCGGCCAGAAGCCUCGCCGCAGACCUGGAGCCGGCACGCGACACAUUCGACGUUUGGUUCGACGCAGGCUGCGCCUGGCGAGGUGCCGUGGAUUUCGUGCGUCGCUGGGUGCGCGAGACCGAAACAGGCGAGAACGAGGGCGGCAAGCGAAGUCACGAAGACGAGCGGCCAGGGGAUGGGGGCGCGAGGCGCGCGAGGACGCGCGACGGAGACCAUGUGAACCCUGGGGCUAGGUCCCAGAGCGACGGGGGACCGCCGGCGAAGCAGCGAGGAGAUGUUCCCAUCAAAACACUUGUGAUGGAGGGAACUGAUCAGCACCGGGGUUGGUUCCAGGCUCUCCUUUUAACGCAUGCAGCCUUAGCGAGUUCGGCGCGGAUGCAGGAGACAGCCAAAGUCGCCGACUUAGUGGGGACAUCGACGACGACGAACCAGCGGGCAGCGGGUGAAUCUGAGCGGGAAAGUGAGGGUGGGAUGCGGAGAGCAAAGCGAAGGCGAGGCGCUCAGGAGGGAGACAAGGAAGACGAGGAAGAGGGAGGGGAAAUGGAGACUGUUGUCGACGGCGAAACUGGAGAGAUGCCCGAUCGACCGUUCGACGUCGUCGUCACCCACGGCUUUGUCCUCGAUGCCAAAGGUCGUAAAAUGAGCAAGUCGCUGGGCAACGUCUUCUCGCCUCAACUCUUUUUCCCCUCGCCGGAGUCCGCUCCAGCGCGAACCGGUUCGUCUUCGCGGUCUUCCGCCUCGACCGCCCCUGCGCGUUUGCCUUCCGCUCGCUCGUCGUUGGACCCUGCUUCAUCUUCAAGAGAUCGGGAUGCUGCCUCGACUGUCUGCUCCCGUGAGUCGCCGGAUUCGCGUCCUUGUCUCCCCUCUGUGGAACUUCCUUACUACGGCGCCGACGUCCUUCGCUUGCUGAUUGCUGCCUCAAACUACGGACGAGAUCUCCUCUUGCACGUCCCGGAGCACGCGGGCCUCUCGUCGCCGGCACCCGCCAUCGCCAAAGAGAGGCGACGCGCCGCGACUUCGAAUUCUCUUUCCUCAUCGCCUGGGGGGACGGCCGCACACGUCGAGUCUGGAAACAGGCGAGAGGAGACCAGAGGGAUGCGAGGCGCACGCGGCGCUUCUCGAAAAGCUGCCGCGGGCACGCCUCUGGACCAGGCUGCUUCAGCCUAUGGAAAGCUUCGUGGGACGUUCCGCUUCCUCCUCGGCAAUCUACAGGGUUUCCACCCGAAGCGCGACGCUGUCUGCUACGACCAGCUUCCUUUCCUCGAUCGCGCUUUCCUUCGUAGACUCGACGAAUGCGUUGCCCAGACCACGCAGGCUUACGAGCUUUUUGAUUUUUCCCGGGCAAUGCGAGGCGUCCUGGCCUUCCUUGCCGACCCCUUCUCGAGCUUUUACCUCGAAGUGGCAAAAGACCGCCUUUAUGUCUCUGCCCGGACCAGCGUCCGUCGGCGCGCCUGCCAGACUGUCCUGGCUGCAGUGUUUCUCGCGCUGGCGAAGCUUCUCGCGCCGGUCGUGCCGCACCUCGCAGAGGAGGCCUUCCUGCGGCUUCCGCCCGCGCUGCGGAACCACACGCAUGCGCUUGAUACGAAAGGUGGCGGUCGAAGCUCGGGAGAGAAGCCGCCACAAAGGACCCGGCCGGUGUCCCCCGCAGACGAAACAGGCAGCAACGCCGACGAGAAGAAAGGCGAGACGCUGGAGUCCUCGGAGACGGGGAUGCCAGGAUCCGCCGGAGGCAAGCUCGGAGAGAGGGCGCCGUUCGUCUCCCUCUUUGAAACAGGCUGGCCGCAGCUGCGGCUGAGGCGGCCUGCCUCGCUCGUCCCCUUGGGUUCUCCAACGGGCGCAACGAAGCACAGAGGAGCUGCGGAACAGGGACGGGACUCGUCGCAGGCAGGGGAAGGCAAUCCGCAAGAGGCAAGAGGCUCUCUAGAGGGCGACGAGGAAACGGCUCUGUGGCGGGCUCUGGUUCAGCUGCGGAGUGACGCAAAUCGGCUGUUGGAGCUGCCGCGUGAGACGAACGCGAUCGCUCGGGUUGCUGAGGCGAACAAGGAGAGCGACAGAGGAGAUGGCUGCCUCGCCAGCGGCCACGAAAACGGCCAGGAAGGAGAGAAGACGACGAAGGGACAAAGGCCCACGAGGGGGAGGUCGGAUGCCGUCCGAACACGCUGCGAUGGCAAGCUGCGAAUCAUCACAACGGAUCCGCUCUUGUAUCGUCGUCUUCUGGCCUUCUCAUCUUUAGCUCCUCUGCUGGGCUCCUCGGAGGGACAACGCCUCCAGGGUAGCGCGGGCGAGGAGCGAAACGAAAGAGAAGGCUUGGAGGGACGAGAAGGUGACUUAGGAGACGAGGCGCAGAAAGGAAAGCAGAUCGACGAGCAGGCGACGCGCGUUUGGAAACCGUACAUACCAGCCAGGGCGCAGGCAGAAUCCGCCCAAGAGACUUACAGCGAGACAAACGUUCAAACGCCAGAACGCCAAGGCACCAUCCAUUUCGUCCCAGAUGUCGACGAUCUCAGGUGGAUUCUUCAAUUCUCUCACGUCGACGUCGUUCUCCGGCCUCCAGAGCUGGGAGGCCAUGUAGAAAAGCCUGACCGUUUUAACGAACAGCACGAGGGACGGGAGGAACACCCUGUCGCUGUCCUUCCCUUCGAGGCAAGCGCCUCGGGCACGGUUCGCCUGGAGCUGUUUCUCGCUUCGGGGCAAAGAUGCUCCAGGUGUUGGAUGCGCUCGCCGUUAGUUCAACGUGUCAAAGCAACUGUCCCGUCUCAGACGUCGGACCUGACUGCCUCUGCAUCUGUGGAGACUUUGUCAGUCUCUAAGCAUGGCGAGGAGGACGCUGUGACUCCUCGCCUUUGCCCCCGUUGUGAGCACGCGAUUGCGGCGAAUCAGAGGGACGAAGCAAAAGGCUCCGGGGCGGCUCGUGAACCGUGA